AUGGAUGGAAUUGCUGACAAUGGCGAUUCUUCGCGGCUGAAGACCGAAAUUCAGCGAUACCUCGUGGAGACUGGAAGCUAUCAAACGAUUUCGAACCAAUUGACUGAGAGACUACUUCAAGACGGUUGGAUCGAUGCAGUCAGGGGUCUUAUAGCGUCUGAAAUGCGAUCUUCGAACUCAUCGAAUUACAGCGAAAUAUUGGCUAAGGUAGAGCCCAAGGCUCUCGAGAUGGUCUCGCAACCCAUAAAGGAGCAAGUGUUGAGCCAAAUAGAGACAUUCCUGGAUGAAAUCGUUGACAAGAGAUAG